AUGGCAGCCAUGGAUGCUAUUUACAAGAGCACUUCGAGUCAGGAGCUGACAGAUGCGAUCAGCAAGGAUCUCGCAGGGCACACGACUCAAGGUGCCCAUGGCUUGAACUACCAUCACACGAGCCCGGGCGAUGAAGGCACCACCUUCUUCAUGCCCAGCAAGUCGUUGCUGGGAGAAGGCGCUCUCCGUGGAGCGGUGCAGCAAAUCAAGGCUCUGGGACACAAGAAGGCGUUGAUCGUCACAGAUGCAGUGCUUGUGAAGGUCGGCGCAGUGAAGGCAGCCACGGAUGUGCUCACCGAGGCAGGCAUCACUUUCGCGAUCUACGACGGCUGCCAGCCGAACCCGACAGUGAGCCAGGUGGAAGCUGGCUUGAAGAUGAUCAAGCAAGAGGGCUGCGACUUCGUCCUCUCCUUCGGUGGCGGUUCCCCGCACGACUGCGCGAAGGCCAUCGCCAUCACCUCUACGAAUGGUGGUGACAUUCGGGCCAUGGAGGGGGUCGACAAGAGCACGCAGCCUAUGUUGACCCUGGUCGCAGUCAACACGACAGCUGGCACAGGAGCAGAAAUGACGCGCUUUUGCAUUAUCACCGACGAGGAGCGUCAUGUGAAAAUGGCGAUUGUGGACUGGCGAGUUACGCCCACGUUGGCCGUGAACGACCCAAAGACCAUGAUCGGCAUGCCCAAAUCCUUGACUGCUGCGACGGGAAUGGAUGCUCUCACGCACGCUAUCGAGGCUUAUGUGAGCACCAUCUCCAACCCAGUGACCGACGCUUGCGCCCUCCAUGCCAUGAAGCUCAUCAGCUCCUACCUACCCACGGCCGUGGAGGAUGGUAAAAACCUAAAGGCCCGCGAUAUGAUGGCCUACGCCGAGUUCCUCGCGGGCAUGGCGUUCAACUCCGCCAGCUUGGGCUAUGUCCACGCCAUGGCCCACCAGUUGGGGGGAAUGUACAACCUACCCCAUGGUGUCUGCAACGCCAUUUUGCUGGGUCCGGUGCAGGAGUACAACGCGAAGUACGUGCCGCACCUCUUCAUCGACAUUGCCGUCGCCUUGGGCUUCAGCGAGGUGGGAGAAGACCAGGACCUCGCGGUCAAGAAGGUGCUGAAGGCCAUUAAGGACUUGAAGAACAGGGUCGGGAUCCCCAAGAAUCUCAAGGCCUUCAAAGAGGUGAAGGUGGAGCACUUCCCUGCUUUGGCAGACAAUGCGAUGAAGGACGCCUGUGGCUUGACCAACCCUCAUCAGCCCACCAAGGACGAGGUCAUUGCCCUCUUCCAAGCCGCCUAUGACCAGGAGGAUGAUGAGGUGGACGAGGUUGAGAUGUUGCAGAAGCAGCUGUCAGCUGCUGCUGCCCGAUGCAAAGAUGCGGCAGCGCUGAAGAAGGCUAUGUGCGAGCUCUAUUCGAAGUGA